AAUGUUCUACAGUCAGCAUCAGUUGAACAUCACCAACUAUUCCACCACAACAUCAAACCACACUUUGUUUAAUGAUUUUGAUCAAGUUUGUUGUCCAAGAAGCAAAUAUUAAAACCAGCAAUUUAAUUUGAUCUAAAAUUCAACAAUCAAUUAAUACAAUAUGGCCAAUUCAAUUGUAGUAGUCUUCAGUAUCAUACUUCCCUUUGUUGCUAUGGCUCCUCAGCCUGAUGGUCUCCCAUUGGGAAGUUUGCUGAAUUUACAAAUCUUGCAAGAAGACCCCAACACUAAUCCUGCAACUCUAGCACUCGCAAUAUUAAACGGUGAUGACGAUGAUAAUAAUGGAGGUAACAAUGGUGGAAACAACGGCAAUCCCACGAAUGGUGAUGGGGGUCUUCUUGGGUUAGGGAACCUUUUAAAUUUGCAACUUCUCCAACAAGAUCCAAAUGAAAUUCCAGCCCUUCUUAACUUGGGAAUCUUGAACGGUGACAACGAUAGCGGAAACAACGGAAACAACGGAAACAAUGGAAACAACAAUUGUCCAACAACUAAACCUCCUUCAACAAAACCACCAACAUCGCAAUGCCCGACCACGAAACCCCCUGCAACUACAUGUCCACCAGACAGUGAUGGUGACGGUGGAUUGUUGGGAAGUCUUCUCGGUGGACUAUUGGGUGGUUUGCUUUAAAAUGUUAACACACUUAUCUCUUAUGCUUAAUCAAAAAUACUGGUGUUAUCCAAAAUAAACUUAAUAAUUGCAAAUCUACAA